ACGCGCGGCACCUCCGCUGCUGCCUGCGCUUCCCGGGCCAGCAGUGCUCGGCGUUCUCGAGGCGGGGUGGGAGGGCCUAACUGCAACUUCCUCUCUAGGCCCCGCCUACUGGCGCGAGAUUUCGGCUGUAUGUGUGUGGUUCUCGCGAGCUCCCGGUGCUCCCCACCCCGCCCCUUUUGCCGCGAGACCUGUCUGAGUGGAGAGCGAGAGUUUAGUUGUGGAUUCUCCUCGGUGCUGUUGCUGACUGCACCUGAUGUGCGGCUAGUCGUGGGACCCAGCUCUGAGGAAAAGCAAAGCAAACCCGGAAGGUAUAAGGAUUCAUUGAAAGAAGACCUUGAGAAAGCAGAUCUUGUUAUUAGUCACGCAGGUGCAGGAAGCUGUUUGGAGACUCUGGAAAAAAGAAAACCACUUGUAGUGGUUGUAAAUGAAAAGUUGAUGAACAAUCAUCAGCUGGAAUUGGCAAAGCAGCUACACAAAGAUGGACAUCUCUUCUACUGUACCUGCAGCACACUACCUGGGCUGUUACAGUCAGUGGACUUAUCAACAGUGAAAUAUUUUCCUCCUGGCCACCCAGAAAAAUUUUCUGCAUUUUUGGAUAAAGUUGUUGGAUUACAAAAAUAAACACUAAACUCUCAACAGUUGAAAAACAGCCCCUCUACCCCCCGCUUCCCCCAGAUCUAACCUAUGGAAUGUGGUUAAAUCAGAUUAAAUAUGUAUGUUUGCAGAAUAAUAUAUAUUAAUAAAAUUCCUACAUCUAUAAGAAUCUUAGAAAAUUUUAUGGUGUGAAUAUUUGCAUUUGGGUCCAAAUCAUAAUUAUAAUUUAGUAAAUUUAUUAGAUUUUGUCCGCCAAUUUUCAUAUUUUAGUAAAAUAUAUGUAGUGAGCAUUGACAGCUUGUAUCCUAGAAUCCCAAAUGGAAUUGGAAUCAUGGAAAAAAUUAAUUGCAUUUUAAAACUUUGAGAAGAAUCUCAAAUGUAGUUAUUUUAAUGAUUCUUAGAAUAAGAAAUAGUAACAAACUUGUAAAAAAAAUUUUGAGAGUCUAUCUUUAGCUUCAUAAUCCAAGGAACCAAAUUUUUAAAGAAGCAAAAAGGAUGGAUUAUGUUCUUUGAAAUAAAAAGCUCAAUAAUUACAAAAAAGAUUAAUAAGAUUAAAGUUUAUUUGGAGAAACUUAUCCUCAAGAAUAGAGGGGAGUGAAUGUGUUCACUUUUUUCCCUCUAAAAUAGAAAUAGUGACAAAAUAAUCUUGCCUAAUGUCAAAGCUUUACUGGUUUGAGAAGAGUAAAGCAAAAGGACUUAAGCCAAUAGGACUUACUGUUAUUUUUUAAGAACCCUCUCACAGUAGUACUGAAUCAUGUACUAUAACAGAGGAAUUUAUAAUUUAUGUAUUUAUAAAAUUAGUUUUACAAAUAAAUGAUCCAAUGGGUAAA